CAGCGCCUCGCGACAUGUCAUUUACGUGUUGCGCGGUCAGGUAGAUGGACCUAUACUUCGCGCCGUCGCCCACGAUUAUACUGUAGCUGCGAAAACCAAUUAAGCGAUCUUCUACCAGCAUACCAGUUAUAUAUAGCUGAUACCAGAUUUUCGUCAGACUGUAACUAACUAAUCGCCUGCGAUGUGAGCCUAUCGCGACUGACGUUCCGAGUCGAUGUUACGCGCGGCACCGCCACUACGCGACUACGCGAUCCACACCGCCAUAUUCGCGCAGACGCGUGCCACCAUGGCGACGCGCGACCCGUGGCCUUCCGCUACGAAUGACAGCGACAUCCUUAGCGACGUCGGCUCAAGCAGUGUCUACAUCACUACGACGUCGAACGCCUCCGACAUCGACCAGGCGUCUCUUCCACACACCUCGUCUGCCGCGAUGAGUUACCUCAUGUGUGCCUUCGGGAUACUCUACAGCGUCGUCGGUGGCGUCGGCAACGGCGCCACCGUCGUCGCGCUCGUGCGCGACAGGGCGGCGCGACGCAACGCGAUGACGAAGCUCGUCAUCUUUCUCGCGAUCAGCGACCUGCAGUUCUGCGUCUUCGCACUGCCGAUGAACACGACGCGGUACGUGCACCGCUCGUGGCUGCUCGGCGACGUCGCCUGCUCGCUCGUGCCGUUCGUCUUCUACACGAACAUCGCCACGUCGUUCCUGCUCGUGACGUUGAUCAGCGUCAACAGAUACGUCGUCAUCGUGCACCAGACGAUCUACCGGCGAAUCUACACGAAGUGUAAGCUGGCUUCGAUGAUCGCCUUCGCGUACGCUCUGCCGGCGAUACUCCUGCUGCCGACGCUCGUCGGCGAGUGGGGAAAGUUCGGCUACAAGCGCGAGACGUUCUCGUGCACGUUUCUCGAGGUCGACGGCCGCUCGUCGCAGCUGACGCUGUUCGUCGUCGGCCUGUGCGUGCCGACGCUCAUCACGGUCGUCUGCUACGUGCGCAUUCUGUGGACGGUGCGCAGCCGAAACAAGUCGAUGCACGAGCAGAUGCAGGGCAGAAGCACGCGUCGGCUGCACGUGCGCAUCCUGCGCAAGGACGAGCGCCACCUGACAAAGACCGUCGUCGUCGUCAUCGCGGCGUUUCUCGUCUGCAACGCGCCCGUGGUCGUCGUCAGCCAGACGGUGCCCGACGGUCGACUACCGCUGCUGCACUCGCUCGUCGCCAUUCUGACGUGGACGAACUUCGUCGCGAAUCCGUUCAUCUACGCGAUCAAGAACAGAACCUACCGCAACGCCUACGUGGCGCUGCUGUGCUGCAGCAGAGCGCGAGAUAUUCUGCGCGUCGGCAGCGAUCGUUUGUACAGCGACGUCACUCGGCAGCCGAGCAUGAAGAAAUGCCAGGUGGCGACGCCAAAGAUGGCGAGACACGAGGCUACGCCGACGUCGCGAAAGCCGUCGCAAACACUGACGCUCACAUCAUCGCUACGGCAGUGUGAGAUAGGUGAGAACAAGGGCAAGACGACGACAGCCACGACGACGAUGACAACCUCAUCGACAGCGACGAUGACGACAGUGGCGAUAACGACGACGACGACGAUAACGAAUGAAGACGACGUCGGCGACAUUGGCGACGUUGAGUGCGUCGGUAUCGAUGGCGACGACGAAAACAGCGACGACGGCUGUGGCGAAAACGACGACGACUGCUGCGACAACUGCGGCGACGACGACGGAGAAUAGAGAUAGUUGGUGAUAGUAGUCAAGACAACGGUAGACGCACUGUUUCGACGGGAGGAAAGGCCUAGCACGGAAUAUGAGGCCAAUAUAUCCACCAAACAAAACCUGACCAUACUUAAACGAUUGCUUGAGAACUUAAUUCAAACAACCUGAUUACAUUACCAUGUGUGAACCCAACAAUGAUCCGCGGUCUCUUUGUUCCUGAAUAAAGCCCUCUCUGAUACGGACUGUAAUAUCCUCACAUAAGUACGCAGUGAUUAAUCCAUAUAGACGACGACGUUAUAAGGAUUGUAUUAAACCCGUGUAAAGCCCUAAUAAAUUAUAUAAAGAGAACAUUAAA